UUUAAAGACAUCAGGAAUGACUGAUUACAUCAAGGUGUUUUCCUUGGGCAUUGUCCAAGCUCCAAACCCCGGAUUGUUAUGAUGAUUAUCACGUGAUUAAGUCUUCUGUGGCGGUAGAACUUCCCAUUGCCUUGUUGGAACAAACAAGUCACAUAAGGGGACAAGGGAGCGCAAUAACUGGGAGCUUUUAAAGUUAUAUUAGUUCAUCGUGGACAGUGAAGAGUAUCAGUCUAUACUUCGGUGAGGCGCCUCAUUUUAUUUUUGAGCAACAACAUCAGGAAUCGCAACAUUAUUUCACAUUUGAGUGCAUCAUUGGACACUGCUGGGACAUUAAGAUGGCAUCAUUAUCAUCUGACGGGGCCAUGCUGGUCUGUCGGAGUGUAGAGGAGCUGAAGCGCAGGGCCCAGGGCCCGGUGAGGAGGAACCUGUUUGGGCCUGUGGACCACGAGCAGCUGCAACAGGAUUUCCAGAGGCACCUGGGUAUGAGCGUGGAGUCGGCCAACAAGCGCUGGGACUUUGACUUCAACACUGGCCAGCCGGCCGCCAAGGGCGCCAGCGUGGAGUGGGAGGAGAUGAAAUGCCAGGAUGUGCCGGCGUUCUACCGCAGCUGUGUGUUGAUGAAGCCGGUUAUUGGCAUCGACGGCCAGAGGGCGGGGAGAGAGAAUGUCAGGUUGGCCCGGGCAUCGUCUCCAGGGUUGUCCAGCUGUGGUGAGGAGUACCUGGAGGUGACCACCAGGGAGAGCUAUACGAUCCAGAGGCCAGAGAAGAAGACGGCCAGCCAGAGGGCAGGAGCAGUCAAACGGAGACAAGCCGCCAUAACAGAAUUCUUUGUCGUGAAGAAGAGGACGACCAUGCAUCACAAACGGUCCUCUCGGCAGUAAACACAGCCCAGGAAAGAGUGCAAUUCAGUGGGCAUGCUCCGUUUGGAAAUCACCUCAUUAAGAUGGAUAUCAUUUCUGCAGCGUUCUGUAGCGACUCUGACGGUCGAAGAGCUCAUAGCUACAAUAUGUCUUAAAGGAAGUGGAAAUUAUGGAUGUUUGUAUAUAUAUUUAUAUAGCUGUAUUUCAUCUAUAUUUUCUAAGCUUGUAUUAUUGUCUAAGCUUUAGAUUAUACUGUGAAAUAAUUCAAAUGCACUCAUCAGGAAAAAAAAACAAUGGCUCUGUUGUAAGAGAUUUCUUCCAACAGUACCCUUGGUGUAGUAUUUAACUCCCAACCACUUCGGCCCACACUCUAACUACCUCUCUAAGAGUAGUUCAACUAUUCCUCACUCCACGUGUCGUCUUCAGUUUCACCACGGCUGUAAAAGUAUCAGCCACGCGAGUAAGAGGCCCCGGGGUCACCUCAGGUCAAAUUGGCAACAUGACCAUGAUUAGCCUAGGGAGCAAAGGUCAACUGUGAAGUUCCAGCACUUAGGCUAUCAGGCAUCGGUAUGAUAAUGAUACAUCUUAUUGAGCAGUAGUACUUCUCAGUAAAUGUCUAUUAUUACGGUAAUUGUUUUAUUCUUAAGCCUUUUGGUGUGAGUAUUAUUACAGAGUGAUAUUUGGUGUCAGUGGGAAACAAGCUUAAAUUAGCUUAGAUUCAUUCUCAAAUAUUGUUAUUAUGGCUAGCAUACACUUCACCGUUGGCACCACCGUCUCUGUACAAUUUGGCAAAAAUCUCAGUGCACAACUGAAUAAAAUACAUCGUUUUUAUUUUAUUUAGCUCCCUUUGUCUUUUUAAGGUAGUAAAACAUAUUCUUGGAAACUUUUUGGUAACAAAACUGAAUAUACCUUGUAUGUUUGCUUUGUUGGCUAAAUCCUUUUAACAACGUUGCCUUUUCUACUCUUGUCUUUGUAUAAUGGCAGCCUCUAGGUUUUGAACUCUUUCCUGUAUGAAGGAAUGUAGCUUUGACAUUGUUUGGAAUUGAAGUUGAAUGGUGUUGCAGUUCACAAAAGUACAUGAAUCCUUAAUGCUUACGGAACAUUCCAGGUUCUGUCAGUAAAUGAUUAUUUUUUUUACGAGGAGCUGAGCUGCAACAAAUUUCUAUUCCUGUGCUAAAAUACAAGACAGUUGUGACAACUGAGGCAGUUGACCCCCCCAAAAAAAACAUAUUAUAUGUGAGUCAUCUGUAAGCGUUGGCUUGAGUUACGGGACAUAGAAAUCCACAUACCUUAAAGCAUCUCCAAAUCCAUCUCAGAUAUACCUGUGAUUAAUAUACAGUAUCACAGAUUCUGUCCGUUGGCAUUGCAUUCCAAACGUUAUGCCGUUCAAUCUCCAUAGCCAGAGUCACAUCGCAAUACUGUAAAUAAUAGUGGCAAAAAUAGCAGUCCUACAGGGAGUGCCUUUCCCUAAAUGUGUCAUGUUCGAACAAAAUAGACAUAAUCUGGAUUACCUACCUCAUUGAGUGAUUGACAAAAAUAAUAGAAAAAAAGAUAUACAACAUUAAAAAUAAAAAAAAGUCAAAUAAUUCCAAAAUAUUUGUUGGAAACUACAGGAGAUGAUUUGUUAUUGCUGUUCAUAGCUGGUUCAGUGGGAUAGCGGGUUCAGACCAUAGGCUUUAGUUACACAUCAGGUAAAAGUGUGUCAGAGUGAUAGGACCCAUUCCAGCUCAAAGCAGGACGGAGGAAACUCAAGUCCUCUGGGAGUCCUGAGCUUUGUUAUAUUUAUUUAUUUUAUUUAACCUUUAUUUAACCAGGAAGGGCUCAUUGAGAUUAAAAUCUCUUUUUCCAAGAGCACCCUGGCCAAGAUAGGCAGCACCAAGUCAUAUAAAUAAAAAAGACAGACAGACAGACAACAUGAAAAACUACAAGUAAUCUAGUAAAAACCAUUGAAUUCACAAGAGUAUAAAACAGCAAAUUAAAAACAUUGACAGGUCAGGGAAUCAGCCUCAAAAGUUCUUCCAGUUUAAAAGACCUUUUACCAAAUUCAGUUGGGACAUUUGGAACAGUUAGCAGGAUAAAGUCCAGCGAACGAAGAGAGUACCCACCACAUUUCUGAACAAUAAAAAUGCCCAAAUAAAAAGGUAGUAAACCCAAAAUGGCUUUGUAAAUAAAAGUAUACCAGUGACUGAGCCUACGAGUGACUAGAGAAGGCCAGCCAACCCUGGUAUACAAAGUGCAUGGUAUCUCAAAGUGCCAUGGUAAAGGGUGUCAAUUGAUCUCAAACACUGAGUGGAAGCAUUCAUAUAUAAAAUAUCCCCCAUAGUCUAGUAAAGGCAUAAAUGUAGCUGAUACUAGCCUCCCUCUGGCUUCAAAAGAAAAACAGGCCUUAUUCCUAAAAUAAAAUCCCAAUUUUAGCUUAAAUUUGUUUGUAAGUUGUUGAAUAUGCAAUUUAAAAGAGAGGCUGUCAUCAAUUAAAAUUCCAUUAUCACGAGCUCUCUUGGCUUGCUUUGCUUUGACUGGUCUCCCAGAACUAGACAGAAUAGAGGAUGGGGGCUGGGACUUUAUUAAUAGACCGCAACAGAAUGAUGUCCGAGACCCUGAAUCAAAGUGGUUCUAUAGCCAGACGAGUGGCCUGUGUUCUAGAGUGCUUUUGUCUGGAUCCAAAGAGGUUCUUAUAACACCGCCCUCUUGACUUGCCGACGUAGAGAGUCAUGUCAACAGAAUGUUUUCAUUUCUGUUUACCCACUUCACCAAUGGAAUCGAUUAUCCGGUUUUUAUUGAAUCAUAUUUGAUGGUGUUUUUUGUGUGUGUGUGUUCGGACUUGAGUCUGUGUGGACGUUGGUUUAUAUGCGCCUGUCUUUCAAUGUGUUUAAAAAUAAAACUUUAAAAGUCUGUUAACUUAUUUUUAACGAUGUAUCUUGUUUUUGUAGGGAAAUAAUUCUAAAUGCCCUUUUGGUAAAACUAACAGAUUAUGUGUAUUGCACUAAAACAUUGACAAGAUAUUUCUGAUUUUUAUAGAGCUACUCUCAUGGAAGGGGAAGUGUUUAGAAAAACUAAACCGUCACUGCUGAACUGGGACACCGACUCUGGGCUCAUCAUAGUUUGGGUCUGACACAAAAUGAUAAAUAGAUAUUAGGUGCUUUCUUGGUAUUACAACAGUGUUAAAACAAGGCAGUACUCAGCCCUAAUAUUACUGACUGUACUGGUUUCCCCAGAAUUCCCUUUGCAAGCGAACUGUGAUAAGUUAAUGAUCAUAGAUCUGCAUACAGCUACUGGGCUGCUCCAUCCUGCACCCCCCCCCCCCCCCUGCCCAGUGUGUCCCACAGUGGCAAAAUAAACUUUGCUCUAAAUCGAAUUCACCUGUCUAUCACAGGUAUAUCAAAACAUAGUAUUGCAUGCCUUAUAUGCAUAAAUGAAUAAUAUCCUCAUAUGUUUUUGAUAAGAUAAUGGCUAAUGUAUUGAAAGUGUACUACAAUGUAAUUACAUGGGAGCAGAAUAACUUUGAUUUGGUAAUAGUUUGAAAAUAAAAUGACAAAUGUUGAAAUUGUGGACAUAUUUGUGGAAGAUUCAUUGACCGGUUUUUGGUGCACUGUUGACUUUGAUGUUAAUUUGUUACAGUAUGUUUCCGAUCAUUAUUAAAGGAUAUAAAUAUACACAAAG